CCCAAAGUUCCUCAGCAAUGUUGGGACAUCCAUCUUCAGCCUACAGCUUAGAAUAUCUGGAGUACUUUUCAGUGAAGCAGGAAAUUGUCCUUCCUUGCCUUGGCAAAAUUUGAUGGUCUUCUCCCUGUGUCCUGCUGCUCCAGUCCGUACAGCAGUCAAGGCAAGAGCAGUUUCUUGCCCAAGGGGCCUAACCUUGCCACAUUGAAAGCAAAGUCCUUAAGGAGUUACUUGGAUUCCCAAUCAAGGAACAAAAGGGCGGGGUUUAACGGUAAUUGCUAUUUGGUUCCCAUUUUCUCAUAAACUCGGUCAGAAUGCGCAAGUAAGCGUAGAAGUAAGCAGUCUGAAUCCUUUCCUUGCGGUGAGAGGCCCACGUGAGCCAAGCCAGUAGGAAGUGGCAUGACUUUGGCGAGAUAACACCUCAUGAUUAUCACCAUGAAGAUGAAGCUGUGUGCUAGCUCAGCAGAUGAAAACCUGAAGGAAGCCAUUACUGCUGGUCCCAGAAGUAAACUCAUGCAGCAGGAGUGCCGAGCUGAAGAGGCAUUCUUGGAAAAACCAGUUCCUGUGCGGCAUCAUGGACUCCAGUUUCUUGCUCUUGCUCUAUCUUGGGCUGUGUGCUGGGCAAACAGACGUCAGUGGGGACGGGUCCCUUUUCAAGCCCGUGCUCCACAUCUGGCCCAGCUCGGUGGCUCCCACCAUGGGCAAUGUAACCCUGAUGUGUACCACUUUCAUGAGAGAGGCAAGGUGUGUUUUUAAAAGGGGAGGUACUGAUUUGGAUAACAGGACAACACUUGUUUUGACAACAUGGGCAUCUAUAUUACAUAACGGCAUGGGAUUGCCGGGUACAGGUGAAUACCAACUCACAGAGCUGCAGCUGAGUGAUGCUGGAUACUACACCUGCGAAUGCUCCGAAAAUGAGGGCACCGAUGUCCUGUCCAGUGACGCAAUUCUACUACUGGUCACAGGACAUUUACCUAAACCUUCCCUCCAAGCUCACCCAGGGAGCAAUGUGACAGCAGGAAGGAAUGUGACUCUGCGGUGUGAGAAGCCAGAUAAUAUGACUGAGUACAAGAUGUUCAUGCUACUGAAGGAAGGAGAUUCAUCCCCUGUACAGAUUCUGAGAUCAGAAAGGAACAGAGCAGACUUCUCACUCCAAGAUAUAACAGACAGGGACACAGGAAACUACAGCUGUGUCUACCACCAGAUAGGAGCCCCUUUCUGGGCCUCUCAUCCCAGUGAUCACCUUGAGAUCUUGGUGUCAGAUUUCCUUCCCAAACCCAGCCUCAGUGCUUGGCCAAACUCAGUGGCCUCAGAGAAUAGCAACGUGAUACUAAGAUGCGUGAGCCCCACACCGGACACACGACUUGUUCUCAGAAAGGGAGAUACUGUUUUGGAUUCGAGGCUUCCACAUCACUUGACAGAGGGGACAGCUGAGUUUCACCUGACUAACCUUCAGCAGAGUCAUGCUGGAUAUUAUACUUGCAGAUACCAUUUGAAGGAGUCCCCGAACAGAAUCUCAUUUUCCAGUGAUGUCCUCUUCCUGUUGGUGACAGGACACUUGUCUCAGCCUUCCCUCCAAGUCCAGCACUGGGGUCACGUGUCCGCAGGAGGGAAGGUGAUCCUGCAGUGUCAGAGGCCACACAACUCAACACAGUACAAGAUGUUCGCUCUGCUGAAGGAGGGGACUUCGUCCCCCGUACAGCUUCUGAAGUCAGAAAGUGACAAGGUAGAAUUCACCCUUCAGGAUGUGACCGUCCAGGAUGCAGGAAGGUACAGCUGUGUCUACCUCCAGGCAGAAGCCCCUUUCAGGGCCUCCCAUCCAAGUGAUCAUCUUGAUGUCUCAGUGGCAAUUACCCCAAGGGCCUUAGCAGAAUGUUACACCAAGAUUAAUCUCAUCAGGCUGGGAAUGUCCGCCAUGUUUGUGAUGUUGAUGGCAGUCUUCCUGGCUGAAGCCUGGUACAGCCAGAGGGUGUCACCCAGCAGACCCAGGCCCCGAAGCACCCUAGGGACACUAUGAAACCUUGGCCAACCUGGACAAGCAUCUCCUUAGCUUUCUCUGAAGCUAUGAAGCCUGCACUGCCAACUCUCUGAGAGCUAUCCAGGGAUGGAUGGCAGCUGCGUCCCUUCAUUCCUUCCACGGCACAGAGGACAGAACUGGGCACAGAUGCUCAUGGGAUGCUACACUGAUUUACAGUUACUACACUGAAACUGCGGUUGUAUUUCUCCCUAUGGACAGAUCAAGCAUCCUGGACCAUAAACCAAAGCCAUGUACUGUGGAUCUGUUUCUGUGUAUGCGAUUAUCCUAGUACAUGAUCUAUAUGGCUUGAUCAUUUCUUUUGAAUGUAUUUUGUGUACCUUCUCAGGCAUCCUUGUUUCGAUAUAUGUUACAUGCAAAUUAUAUAUAUGUACCUUCAAGCAGUACAUACUACAUGCAUGUAACAUGCAAUGAAUUUUAAUGCUUCCAAUAA